CCUGCCGCGCGGCGCUACGAGUUCCGAGCGCUCCGGGGUGCAGUGACACCGAGUGAAUGUGCGAUGCUCGGACAGUGAUCGAAGCAUGGUGAAUUACGUUAACCCGCUCGCCAUGUACCAAGGCAAGGGCGGGCAGUACGGUGCAGGUGGCUGGUACGGCUGGCAGCAUCAGAACUUUGAGGAGCAGCAGUGGUGUUGGAACGGGCCGCCGGCCGGCGCGGAAUGGGCGCCGGAGCCCCAUCACUUCCCGAAGCGGGAGCCCGGGGAGCGCGAGGUGGGCGAGAUGCCGUCGCCGGCGCGCGGUGACCUGGCCAGCCCGGGCGAGGGCUCUCCGGGCGCUCGGCCCUCGCAGCCGCCGGCGCCGCCGCGCUCGCCCUACGAAUGGAUGAAGAAACCCAACUACCAGACACAGCCAAAUCCAGUAGGUAAAACGCGGACGAAGGAUAAGUACCGGGUGGUAUACAGCGACCACCAGCGACUGGAGCUGGAGAAGGAGUUCCACUACAGCAGGUACAUCACCAUCAGACGCAAGGCCGAGUUGGCUGCGAGCCUCGGGUUGUCCGAGAGACAGGUAAAAAUAUGGUUCCAAAACAGACGCGCGAAGGAGAGGAAGCAGGUGAAGAAACGUGAAGAGGUCGUGAUGAAGGAGAAGGGAGACCACGCGUCGCUGCAGCACGCACAGCUGCACCACGCCACCAUGCUGCACCACCAACAGAUGAUGAACGGUAUGAUGCACCACCACCACUACCAUCAAGGGGUCCUGCAAGGGGUGCCCGAGCCCCUCGUGCCCGGAGUACCCCCCGUGCCGCUCCUGUGACCUCAGCAGCAAGACUUUCCUGAGGACACCUUCUAGUGACUAACGGUGAUUAAAAGUGAACAGUCUACACAAUCAUGGUACAUUGGUGAAAGACAAAGUUGUCUCCUCGGCAUGAUCUUGAAUUUGUGAUAAUAUUAGUGCAAUAUUCUCGCGGGAAUAUUAUACGUUUGUGACGGAAUGACGUUUUGAGAAACAAGGAAAAUACCUUAAUACUCGUAGUAUCUAGGUAUGCAACAGCUGUAAGCGGACACUUGAGAUGAUGUCCUAGUUCCGGGGCUGUUUCUCUAAUGAGAUACUUUACAUUACUUCCUUGAAGACCUAUAUAAGUUACUAAUGCUUAGCCUUUAUUGAAAUAGUUCCUGAACUAGGUGAUAACUCUCUCUUCAGCCUUUAUUUAGCGCUACUACCUAAGUGUUCACUUCUUACGGCUAUUCGUUUACUAUUUUAGAGAAGUACGGAUUAUUUUAAUUUAAAAGAAUUUUGUCACUGUAAAUAUAGACGUACGUAUACGUAUAUUUUUAUAUUAUUAUUGUAA